CCUGUCGCCUCUUUUCCUCCGCCACUGGCCUCUUUUCAGUUUCCUCCCCUCCGCUCCCUUGUUCUUUUCAUCCACGACUCGCCCUGUGGAUUCCCCCCCCCCCCUCCCUUGUCUCUCUGGGAAACCUUUGCAGAGCAGCGCUGUCGUGACUCGCCGGCUGCCACUGCAAGGGAAGGAGAGAGCAGGAGGAAGAAGAGAAAGAGAGAGAAUUCGAGACAGACUAAUCGAUACAGAAGAGAGAGAGGCGCUUGGAGAGAAGAGGAGAGGCAGUAGCAGCAUUUCUCCUUCACGUUUUGAUUUAAAAGGAGAUUUUCUUUGACUUGUAUGGGGGUCUUCCGAAGCAUUUGAUUCCUGUCCUUCCCUUGGAGAGGGGACAGCUAAUUGAAGGGACAGCUGUUGCAGUUUGGACACAUCCAGGACUCUUCUUUCCUCCCCUCUUCAGCCAAAACUGCCAACAUUUGAGAUUUGAGGAGGACCGCUUUUGAAUGAGAAGUUUAAUGUUAACCAAAUAAUUUAUCUCCAUUCUGAAUGAUAAUGCUGGACACCAACCAUUGCCUGUCCUUUGAGCCCUCCCCCCCGGGCUCUCCCCUAAUGGGAGAAGACAUGGAGAAGGCAGUACUGAUGAUGGAUCAUGACAGACUUGUCUAUCACAGCCUGAAAGAAGUCCUCCAGCUUAAACUCCAGCAGAGACGUACACGAGAGGAACUGGUCAGCCAAGGGAUCAUGCCACCGCUGAAGAGCCCAGCAGCCUUUCACGAACAGCGGAGGAGUCUGGAGCGAGCGAGGACCGAGGACUAUCUGAAGAGGAAGAUCCGGUGUCGUCCUGAGCGCUCUGAGCUGGUCAGGAUGCACAUCCUGGAGGAGACGUCUGCAGAGCCGUCCCUGCAGGCCAAGCAGCUGCAGCUGAAGCGAGCGCGACUGGCCGACGACCUCAACGACAAGAUCUCCCACAGACCAGGUCCCAUCGAACUGGUUCACAAGAACAUCCUGUCUGUCGACUGCCCUGUGCACUCUCCGCUGGAGGGAGAGAGCUCAUCUUUAGAUGAAGACAGCAGCGAUGCUCUGUCACCAGACCAGCUAACCAAUCACGACUCUCCUUUGAGUGCCGUCCCUCAGCUGUCCCCCUCUGACGUCCUCACCCAGAACGGGGACAUGUCCCCCACACAGUUCAUUACAGAGUCCCCACCACCUCCUCCUCCUCCACCACCACCACCACCACCCCCUCCUUCUCAGGUGAAUGGGUCAGACUCCUCCCCAUUCCCAAAAGUGACAAAUGGGACGACGGUGACUUUAAUAAACUCCCGCCCCUCUACUGGACAUGUCAAGCAGUCCCAGGGUAAGACGAGUUCAGACCGUCCUCCCCACAGACCCAAGAAACCAAAGGACAGCAAACCCAAGGUGAAGAAGCUGAAGUACCACCAGUACAUCCCUCCAGACCAGAAGGCCGACAAAGAGCGUCCACCCCAGAUGGACUCGUCCUACGCAAAGCUCCUCCACCAGCAACAGCUCUUCCUGCAGCUGCAGAUCCUCAACCAGCAACAGCAGCACUACAACUACCACACCAUCCUGCCCGCCCCUCCCAAGCCACCAACAGAGCAGCUUCCCACAACCAACUCUGGCCCUUCCCCUUCUCGCAGCGUUCCCACGACGACAACCCCCACCCCCUCCCAUCAGAGCGGGGCUGUCCGUCAGAGCCAAACUGCAGUGGGAGGAGCCAAACCAAGCACCUUGCCAGCCAACCUGGAUGAGUUCAAAGUCGCCGAGUUGAAACAGGAACUCAAAUUGCGUGGUUUGACCGUCUCAGGCACCAAGAACGAUCUCAUCGAGAGGCUCCGCAACUACCAGGAGCAAAACGGUGGCACCACAGCGGCUUUGAAAAAUGGCACAUCGCAGGCCAGCCAGCAGGGCACUAUCACAUCCUCUGCAAACACAACUACCAUCCCUGACCACCAAUCAGGAGAGGUUGGCUUCAAGUUAGAUUUGUCAUCACUGGGUCAGGUGAUUCCAGGGCGGGUCAUGCGAUUUGGCAGCACCAGCUCCAGCCCUCCGAUGUCACCCACUCCGUCUGAGAGGUCACUGACCGGGAUGAGUCCCGAUGAGACGAGCUGUAAUGGAGACAUGUUUGGAGAAAUGGUGAGCUCUCCCCUUACCCAGCUCACCCUGCACCCGUCUCCUCAGCACCCAUCAAACAUCUCUCCACUCUCCAAGGUCAAAGAGGAGAUCCAGAGCUCAUGCAGCCUGUCCAGGCUCUCGCCCGCCUCGAGUCAGCCUCCAGAGGUCCUGUCUGGAGUAACUAUGGACACAUCCUCCUUGGACAAGGACCAGAUGCUGCAGGAGAAGGACAAACAGAUCGAGGAGUUGACCAGGAUGCUGAGGCAGAAGCAGAGGCUGGUGGAGACCCUCCGGUCCCAGCUGGAGCAGGGCAAGAUGACAGGCGGAGUAGGGUUGGAGAAGGAAGGAAGUGAUAGGAGCAGAACAUCCAUGACCGAGGUGAAACUUCAAACUUUGAUUAAAGCCUCGGCCAUUCAGCCCCCCACUCUCCCCAACGGCGUCGUGGUGAAGAAGGAGGCGGAGCCUGAGGAGGGGAUGGAGGGAGUAACGGAGGCGGCCCAGGCAAAGAGAGCGCUCCAGCCGAUGCAGUGCUCCCAGGAGACUCUGCUCAGGCUGCAGCAGAUUCAUCGGCUGCAGAUCCAACAAGCCGAGCAGCAAAAACAGACCACGCUGCAGCCCAAACAGCAGCAGAGUCAGGUGGCACUGCAGAAGGUGGCAGAGGCUAUGUCCAACCCUCAAAAACUACAACAGCAGAAGAAAGAAGCCCAAAUCCUGCUCCAUCAGCAGCAGCAACUGCAGCAGCUCAUCAUACAGCAGACCCAACAGAAACAGCUGCAGGCGCAGCAGAAACUCGCCCAGCAGAAACUCGCCCAGCAGAAACUCAGUCAACAGAAGCUGGCGCAGCAGAACCAGCUCAAACAGACUCAAGCUCAACAGAGCCAGCAGAAGAACCAGGUUCAGCUGAAGCCGGUUCAGGUGCAGAUCCAGAAGCCUGCAGUGAGCCAAGCCCAGCUGAGGAAGCAGCAGAGAGCUCUGCAGAGGCAGCAGCAAAGGCAACAGACGGCAACUGUCGCCACACAACAGGUGAACCCGGUCUUGAUCAGCCAACAGAACGGCACUCAGAUCCACACCCAGGCCAUUUCAUUAGACCUCCUCAAGGCAAACGGCACGCCGACUCUGGUCACCGACGGCAACGGCAACCACUACCUGAUCGCUCUGACCAGUCACACCGCAGACGGACAGAACGGAGGGUCCUCAUUGGCCAAACCCAACGGACGCAUCACACUGCAGAGGUUGCAGUCGACUCCAAGUAAACUCCCCAGCACUGACAGCCAAUCAAAAGAGCCGCCAGUGACAGAGCCAAUCAAAAAGGGACAGAAGGCGGGGCUUCACCUGGACACCAAUGGUGUGCCACAACCCAGCCUGUCAGCCACCGCUCCACCCAACCUGCAGCCUUUCUUUGAAGACAUGUCAGACAGUGAAAGCCAAAGCAACUUAAUCUCAUCUUAUAAGAGAGAGGUGUGUCCGCCGUACGACCGGCACACACUGUUCACCCCUCCCUCUCCCAAACGCAACACCUCCCUUCCUACUCAGCACUCCAAACAGGAGAAUGGCGUCAACAGUCAGCAGAUGGACGACCUGUUUGACAUCCUGCUGAAGAGUGGAGAAAUCCCCAGCUUCAAGGCCAACCCGGACCCUUCCCUCGCCCCCCUCCACUCUGACCCGCCCUCCCCAUCCUCUCCCCCAUCCCCCCUCCACCUCUCCCCUCCCACCCCGACAGAGCCCCUCAUCUCCCCUCAGCCCUCCGUGGGAGAGCCCUGCACAGGCAGCGGGCGCCUGGAGGACUUCCUGGAGAGCACCACAGGCGCCCCGCUGCUGGGCGUGGAGCCCGACGGCGGCCUGACGCUUAUCGACGACCUCCACAGCCAAAUGCUGAGCACGCCCAGCAUCCUGGACCACCCUCCCUCCCCCAUGGACACGUCCGACCUGGGCUUCUCCCCCCACUCCACGGGGCUGGACUUUGGCGACCCCACCCUGGACAGCAUGGAUUGGCUGGACAUCUCGAUGGUGGGGAGCGCGGGCAGCGCAGGUAGAGGAGGAGGAGGAGGAGGAGGAGGGGGAGCUGGUGACGGAGACGGGGGGACGAGCCUGGCCCCGCUGGUGCCGCACACUCCGCCCAGCGUCUUCUCCACCGAUUUCCUGGACAGCACUGACCUGCAGCUGCACUGGGAGUCGUGUCUGUAGCCCUGCACGCAGAUGGACGCGCACUCGCUCACGCCGUGUACAGGCUCUGUCUUUAUUUCAUGCACAUGUAGAAACCUUUUCUAUGCUGUCUCUACCACUGCGGGGGUCACUGGCACAUGCAAAUGCGCGCACACACACAUACACAUAGACACACACACACACACACACACACACACACACACACACACACACAGUUUGCCCUGUCUUUCACUGGCUGUUACUGUAUGCAGGAUGAGGUGAAAUAAGAAAGAAACAUAGAAGUUCAAUUAAUAGAGAGGACUUGAACUUGGUGGAACUGAAGUGGACUUUUUGAAAUUGAAUUCUAUGGGGACAGCAGGCUGCUCACAUCCAAGCUGAU